GGAAAGCAGUUAUCGCUCAUGAGUGGGAGCUGUUAUUGGUGUUCUGGACUCAACUCGAUGAGCUAGGCGAACAAAGGACCAAUAAGGACACUAAACUCCUCUAGCGACCUAAUGUCAUUGGCUUGGCACAGUACUGUGAUUGUAUAAGUCGCAUUUCGAUCGGUGAAUAAAUCACGUGAUGAUUAGCUGGCCUUAAAGUCACAACAGUCUUCUCAACCCCAUUCAGAUUCAAGGAACGUGUAUGUAUAUUGUAAAAUACUUGUAAAUCAAGUAAUUGAGAAUUCAUUAAAUUUUACAUACUUUUUUGUUGAUAGAUUAUUCUCAUUUCUACUUUUGUAAAUGAAACUAUGUUAAAUUGAUAUAUUUAGACCUAUAUCUUCAUUUUUAGAAGCACACACUCAAAAUAAUCAUUUAUAUAAGUUAUAAGUUUAUAAUUUCACUAGCUGUUGAUAUAAGCCAUGUUGAGAGGAUCCUCAAGACAGUUGUAAUAUACAACCACAGAAUCGGUGAUGUUGAUGAGAUUAGUUUCAGUUAAGAAGAUCUAGUCAUCGGUUGCCUUUACUAAAGUUUUAAAUACGAGGUUGUUUAAUAAAUUUUAUUCUCUGAUUCCAUUCGUUUUUUCUGAUUUUUGUUCACAUUUACACAAAAAGAUAGAAUAUGACUAGCAGUGGAAUCCAGGAAGCGCAUUUCCCUCUGUUCUCGGUUCAUGUUGAACAUUUGCUUUUCUUGUCACUUUUUUGCUGUAGCCUAAGGAGUAAGAUCGUCACAUCUUCGUGCUAGGUUUAAAGUCAUUUAUAUUUUUAUUUCGUGUUUAUAUUCGUUUUACGUAAUGUACUACUUCUAAUUUCGUUCAAAAUGCAAAUAGCAACUACAUUGUUUCUAAUUUUAGGCUCUGACUGUAAUCUUUGACGUGUAUUUCAUAUAAGUGGAUUUCAGUUCAAGCAGUUAAACAUUUUGACCGACUUUAAAUCGUCACCUCCUAUGAAUCAUACCAGGGCUUUACACUUUGUCUUCAAAGUGGCCAAUCGUAAUGAAACAAUUGAUUUUUACAAACGGAUUCUUGGAAUGAAGGUGUUACGACAUGAAGAAUUUACUGAAGGUUGUAAGGCUUCAUGUAACGGACCAUAUGAUGGGAAGUGGAGCAAAACCAUGAUAGGUUAUGGACCUGAGGAUAAUCAUUUUGUCGUUGAGUUGACUUAUAAUUAUGGGAUUGGUGCUUAUCAACUUGGUAAUGAUUUUCAGUAUAUUCGUAUUCAUAAUAAGGAUGCAUAUUCAAGAAUUAUCGGUGGAUUAUGGCUUAUCACAUUGAAAGAGUCAGAUUCAGUAAAAGUGGAAGCUCCUGGUGGAUAUGCAUUUUGGGUGCAUAACUGUGAUAGUGAUGGGGAUCCAGUUCGAAUGGUGGCUUUAGCUACUUCAAAUCUUAAACGAUCCACUGAUUAUUGGUCUCAUAAACUUGGUAUGACACUUGUGUCAUCUAGUUCAGAUGAAGCAGUGUUUUGUUAUUCACCAAAUCAGUGUACUUUAAAACUAAUUUCCAUUCAAAAACCUAUUGAUCAUGCUAGCGCAUUUGGUCGUAUAGCUUUUGCAUGCCCAAGUAGUCAAUUACCAAUUUUACAAAAAACGAUGGAUUCAAAAAAUGAAACGAUUCUUACUCGUUUAGUCAGCUUGGAUACUCCAGGAAAAGCUACUGUACAAGUGAUUAUUUUAGCUGAUCCAGAUGGUCAUGAAAUCUGUUUUGUUGGAGAUGAAGCUUUUAGACAGUUGUCACAAGUGGAUCCACAAGCGGAUAGUUUACUACAAUCAGCUAUAGCCUCAGAUAAAAGUGAUGAAUGGUUCAAUAAACAUGGUGGCAAGACAACAAAAUAAAACUAUUGUUUUCAACUCAUUGAAUCUUGUGUGUAUGGUAUCAUGAAUUGUCAUGUAUGGAAUGUUUGUUUUUUCUACUUUUUUUUCUAAAUAAUAUACACUUUUACAC